GGAAGAGAGAGGACACGGCGUCAGGAGCUUGCUUCCUCGCAUCCGCCCUGCCUCGCGUCUCCCCGAGCUCUGCACUUCAAUAUUCCCCUUUCUGAACAUCUGUCACGCUCCUAGCAGAACUGCCACUCCGCCAGCAGCAGCGCUACCUGCGACAACAACCACAGCAGCCCCCCUCAACAUCCCCAAAUCACGUACCCUGCCUCGUCCACCCGCGCCAACAUGCAGAUUCUCUCAACCUGGGUCCUGCUGGCCUCGGCCGCCCUGCGCGCCCUCGCCGCCGAGGACCUCAAGAUCGAUGUCACUGUGCCUGUCGAGUGUGAUCGCAAGACCCAAUCCGGCGACAAGGUGCAGAUGCACUACAGAGGCACUCUUGCUGCCGAUGGAAAACAGUUCGAUGCGAGCUACGACCGAGGCACGCCCUUCAGCUUCAAGCUUGGAUCCGGACAGGUCAUCAAGGGCUGGGAUGAGGGCCUUUUAGAUAUGUGCAUUGGCGAGAAGAGAACCCUCACAAUCCCUCCCGAGAAGGGCUACGGCCAGCGUGGGAUGGGCCCAAUCCCUGCCGGCAGCACACUCAUCUUCGAGACCGAGCUGCUCGGCAUCGACGGCGUGCCCAAGCCCGAGUCGAUUGUCCUGAAGACCAGCACGACAACCGAGGCCCCUGUUGAGACGGCCAAGAACCUGGGCGAGAAAAUCGCCGAGAAGUUUGCUGAGGCUACGGAAGCUGCCAAGACCAUGUUGAAGGACACACUGAAGGACACGGACGAUGCUGAGCACGUCGAGCUGUAAGUCAGCGGCGGCUGCUGCUGGGGCAGACAAGCACCGCCUCAGGUCUACACGCUGCGGUGUGUUUCAAAUACGCCUCGCCAAUCUGGAUAAGACAUGUAGACUUCUCAGGGUCGAGUGACGUUACCAGGCCUGCAGAGAGCGGCACAAAUAUUUCCAAGACCAAGGACCGCAAACAAUGACCUUGAUGCUUG